UAGAGGGCAGUAGAAGCCAAGGGAAAGAGGAGCAAUGGCGAGGCGGGUGCUUGCUAUAGUGCUAGUGGUGGUAGUUGCUGCUGCUUGCACUUUCCCUGUCUCUGUCGAGUCCACGAUUCGCCAUUACAAGUUCACUGUGGUGAUGAAGAACACAUCGAGAUUGUGCGCGAGCAAGGCUAUUGUGGUGGUGAAUGGGAAGUUCCCGGGGCCUGUUCUGUAUGCCAGAGAAGGCGAUACAGUGCUCGUGAGAGUGGCUAACCAUGUCCAAGAAAAUGUUUCAAUUCACUGGCAUGGAGUGAAGCAGUUUCGAACCGGGUGGUCAGAUGGACCGGCAUAUAUAACACAGUGCCCAAUACAGCCAGGCCAAAGCUAUCUGUACAAUUUCACCCUUACAGGCCAGAGAGGCACUCUUCUGUGGCAUUCACACAUCAAUUGGCAAAGGGCUACAGUUCAUGGUGCUAUUGUCAUCUUGCCUAAACUUGGUGUUCCUUAUCCAUUCCCUAAGCCAGACAAGGAAGAAAUCAUAGUAUUAGGAGAAUGGUGGAAUUCGAAUGUCGAAGAUGUGAUCAACGAUGCAAUGCAGUUAGGGAUUCCUCCAAAUGUAUCAGAUGCUCACACUAUUAAUGGCCUCCCUGGACCAACUCCAACCUGUUCUUCAAAGGGGUAUAAUCUGGAAGUGGAGAGUGGGAAAACAUACUUGUUGCGGGUGGUUAAUGCAGCGCUGAACGAGGAGAUGUUUUUCAAGAUUGCGGGGCACAGAUUGAGGGUAGUUGAGGUUGAUGCUACUUAUGUUAAGCCCUUCGAGACAGACACCAUUUUCGUCGGUCCAGGCCAGACCACGAAUGCAGUCCUGACUGCAGACCAGAAGGCGGGCAAAUACCAGAUAGCGAUCUCGCCUUUCAUGGACACCAUAGUAGCCACUGACAAUCAAACUGCAACGGCUACUUUAAGUUACAAAGGGACUCAGCUCUUAGCCUCUACUGCCCUCACAAUCAUGCCCCUACAAAACGCCACGCCAGUGACAAGUACUUUUGCAGACUCCCUUAGAAGCCUGAACUCGAGACUCUACCCUGCAAACGUCCCGCUGAGUGUUGAUCAUUCUCUGGUUUUCGCGAUUGGUGUUGGUGUCAAUCCAUGCCCCGCUUGCUCGAGUGGAGCCCGGGUCGUUGCAGAUAUCAACAAUGUCAGCUUUGUCAUGCCUACUACAGCUCUCCUUCAAGCUCAUUACUAUAACAUAAGCGGAGUUUUCACAGACGAUUUCCCUGGAACGCCUCGAAUGCCUUUCAACUACACGGGCACUCCGCCAGCAAAUAUGCAGACACAGAAUGGCACAAAGGUUUACAGAUUGGGGUUUAACUCCACUGUCCAGAUUGUGAUCCAAGGCACUUCUAUUAUUGCACCAGAAAGCCAUCCAACCCAUUUGCAUGGCUUCAAUUUCUAUGUUGUUGGAAAAGGACUCGGAAACUUUGAUCCCCGAAACGACCCCGGGAAAUUCAAUCUGAUCGACCCUGUCGAAAGGAACACAGUCAGCGUACCCACAGCCGGAUGGACUGCCAUCAGAUUCAGAGCAGAUAAUCCAGGUGUUUGGUUUAUGCAUUGUCAUCUGGAAAUCCAUACAACAUGGGGACUAAAGAUGGCAUUUUUGGUGGAAAAUGGUAAGGGCCCCUAUGAAUCCAUCCUUCCUCCUCCAAGUGACCUGCCCAAGUGCUGAUGGGGUGUUCAUAUCCAAGAAACAUACAGAUAUGAUGGAUUCCUGUAUAUCAUUUUCUGAUUUGAUUGUAUUCUGGACUGCCAAAUGUGUAUUCCUUGUAUGUUCAUUAAGUGCAUUUUAAAAGGAAAAACCAUAUCAAAGUUUUUUCUCCA